AUGAUGCGACCGUCGCGCGACGGAUUCGUGCGACAAAACUCGGGCGCCGACGGGCUCGUGCGACGAGCCCAAGGGAUGAACCUCGGCCCUCGCGGGUCGCCCCGCAACGCCAUAGACGUCGUCCCGUCCGUCGAUUGGUCGUCCCGCGAAAGCACACCUCAGUCCAGGCCGCCUCCGGCCUCUGGCGCCGCCGGUGGCUCGCAUUUGUUACCGCAGGCUUCUAGUGUCCCUUGGGAUGAUCGUAGUAACAGCGACAAUGCGGCCUUACAGUAUCGUCGUAGCAGCACCACGACUAACGCUACUAGUAGUAGUAACGCGAAGGGAACCGCUGCUCGCAGCGGUAGCGGCGCUAUCAUUGGCGCGUUCGGUUCGCUCCUGCGCGGCGCUGUUGAUACGAGAGCUGCCUCCUCCUCCGGCGCCGCCGCCGCCGCCACCGCCGUUGGCAACUCACCAGCGGGUUGGCUGCUGCCGAUGGCGGAGGCUGACGUGGCACUGUCAGGCGACAGCGGCGGCGGCGGCGGCGGCGGCGGCGGAUACGACGGUUUUGAUGCUCGUCAGAGCCCCAGGUUUGACGGAGAGUCGAUUCUGUCGCCCGCAGCGUCUUCCAGGGAAGACGACAGCAGCGUUGUCAUGGCUCUCCCCGCGCUGCCGCACCGCGCGAUGUCGCACCAUGGCGGCGCGCUGCCGCCGAACCGUGGCGGUGCUGAUAACGGGGCUUCGUUUAUCGGGGAAUACAGUACUGGUAGCGGCGGUUACCCUGGGGGCGGCCCCGUGUGGACUCCGAGCGACACGACCUCAGAUUCCUCCGCGCUUCGGUGGCAGAGCUUCGCUACUAGCAACACUAGUCCUAGCAGCGCUAUAACGAAUCAGGAAGAUUCUAACGGGUUGCGCCAAGACGAGGAUGCUCAUAACGGGUAUAGCUUUGGUGGGAGCACGAGAGGCUCGUCUGGGAGGUUUCACCGGUCGCGCAGCAGCGGAAGCCUGGCGGACACAGGGUCCGCGGAAGGGAGCUGGGGGAGGAAGGGGAAGGGGAAGGGGGAAGGGGCGGUGGGAUUAGAAAGGGAGAUGGGGCUAGCGUGGAGACGGGAGGGGGGUGGGCGCGAAAAGGGACUGGAGGAAAGGGGAGACGAGGAAAGGGACAAAAAUGAGAUGGAGAGAGAAGAGGAAACGCAGGGAGACGAGGUGGGGGAGGGAGAGGGAGAGGAGGAGGAGGAGGAGGAGGAGGGGAGUGAGGAAGAGGAGGGGCUGGAGAAUUCGGAGGAGGACGAGGACGAAGAGGGGGAGAGCGAGGGAGAGGAGGGGCAGCGAGUGCUGUUCUUUAAUGACACGGACAGUAGCGUGGAUGGCGGUGACAGCCAUAGCUCUGGUCAUGCGGACGGGGACAGUAUCAAGUAUGGCCAUGGGGUUGGUUAUGUGGGUAGGCACGGCAGUGUUGGUAGCCUUGGCGGGGGGAGUGGCGGGGGGAAGAGGCACACGAGGAUGCGCAGGGGCGGUGGCGGGAGAGGGGAGAGCGGGAGCAGGAGCAGCAGUCGAAGUGGGGAGGGAAUGGGGGGAAGCAUGGGGGGGAGCAUGGGGGGAAGCAGCGCUGGAGGAAGCUUCAGGGGGAGCAUUGGGGAAAGCAUUAGUGGCAGUUUCGGUGGAGGAAGCAUAGGGGGAGGCAUGGGCGGUAGCAUGGGCGGAGGAGGUAGAGGGGGAAGCAUGGGCGGAAGCGUGGGGGGAAGCGUGGGCAGAAGUAGAAGCGUGGAGGAGGAGGUGGAGGGCUCUUUAGAUUACCCCCUGUCGCCCCGCUCCCUCUCUGGAAGGUUCCUGGGUAUAGUGGUGGAGGAGGAUGCUGAGGGGGAGGGGGAGGGCGAAGGCGAGGGGGAGGUGCAAGGAGAGGGAGAAGAGGAGGAACAAAUAGGAGUAGAGGGGAGGGAAAUUGCGGCAGGAAGACACCCCGAUAGCCUCAUGCAGCAUCAACAGCAGGCGCAGCAGCAACAAGAGCAGCAGGGGGUGUCGAGUCGGCCGCGCACGGGUGGGUCGAUGGGCAGUGAGAGGCGCAGCUUCGACCGGUUCCAAGAAGAGCUCUUCCAGUCACAACGCUCCCUCGCCACCCCCUCCCUGCUCUCACACCCCUCCGAGGGUACCCUCUCACAGCGCUCUGAAGGCACGCUGUCGGAACGGUCUGAUGGGGAGGCCGCCGCUGCUGCUGCUGCUGCUGCUGCUCGGCCGUGGGCAGAGGGGCCUUACUCUGGUCCUUCGCAUGCCGAGAGAAUGGAGAUCACGGAGGGCGUGGAGGGAGAGGAGGGAGAGGAGGGAGAGGAGGGAAUGGGGAGAAUGGAGGGAGAGGUGUUCUCACAGGAGAGAGAAGUGUUUGCUCGGGAGACAGAGGACAGGGUGAGGCUGAGGCGGCCCUGGGCCAGCAGCGAGGAGCACUAUUGCGGGGAUGGGAGGGACGGGGAUGGGAACGGGAGGGAUGGGAGGGGCGGGGUACGGCGCUAUAGCGAGGGGAGCAGCAUGGCGGUAGGAGGGGAGAGGGGGUGGAAGGAUGGGCGAUGGAGUGAGGGCAGUCCGGAGGUAGAGGCAGGGGGGCUUGGGCUUGGGUGUGUGAAUGCUGCAGGUGGGUAUCUGAGCCCGGGUGGUGGUGGUCCGGGGGGGACAAGUCUUGAAGAUGAGUAUCUGCCGCUCAAGAAAGGGCCUGGUUGGUCGCCGCUUCAGCAGCAGAAGCGUCAUCAGUACGACCAUGGGCAGCAGCAGCUUCAGCAGCAGCAGCGUCAUGGUGAGGGCGGUGAGAUGCUGGGGGACAGAGAGGAGCAGCAGAGAGCGCAUGGGCAGAGUAUGGUGCUGGGAAGUGAAGGGCGGGGGGAGCAGUGGGGCCGGGGCAGCGGAGACGAGCAACGGGUGUACAGGCUGGGAGGAGAAGGAGCGGAUGAAGGAGAGGAUGCAGAUGGGAUUGAAGAUGGGACUGAAGGUGGUUCCCUUGCGGUGGAGCCUUACGAGUGCACUAGCGGACGCUCCUUGCCAGCCGAUGCGCCGUGUGUGCCGCCCGACGUGUCGUGCGAUGCAGUGCAGGUUCCCAACGAGAUGCGCAUUGGCGAUGAGCUGGCCAUCCGCUUCACCCUCACCAACAACUCCCCCCUCCCGCUGCAAGGCGAGGUAGAGGUGGUGGCAGCAGUGGAGUGGGCGAGUGAGAGCGACAGCGAGAGGGACAGCACGCGGGGGGCUCUCACGCCCGGCUCGCUCAAGCGGGGGGGCGAGAGGUCAGCAGGCAGGCGGCAGCGGCGGGAGAAGCGCGAGUUCCUACCACCCCUCGCUGCCCACGAGAGCGUGACCAUCGACGUCCAGCUGGCGCUUGACGAUUCGUCGCUGCCGGCGCCCUUCUCCCUCGCGUCCGUGUCGACUGAGCUCGUGGCGAACGGCCAGCGCUCCCACAAGCGGCGCAAGCAGGUGCGGCUGGUGCCGGGAUAUGUGCCGACCACAGCUAGCGCAAGCAGUCCCACGGGGCAGUGGGUAAUGGGCGCAGGGGGGGCGGCGGGGCAGCAGCAGUGGGCGGAGGUGCUGCUGCUGACAGAUGAGCGCUUCACGUCCACGCAGUAUGGUGCCUGGCGUUCCAUCUGCUGCCUGCUCGGGCUGCAGCAUGCGGUGUGGGACAUACGGCUGCAGAAGGGGCUUCUCGCACCCGACGCCGCAACACCCACCGCAGCAGCAUCUACAUCAGCAGCAACAGGAGCACGCGGGACCAGCCCCAACGCGCCCAGCACAGCCAACCCUAAAUCACCCCACUCUACUGCCACCGGCACCGGCACAGGCAAUGACAACGACCCUCCCGGGUGGCUAUCUCGCCACGCCCUGGUCGUGCUCCCCCACGCGCCCCCCACCUCCAAGCUCCCCCCGCUGCUGCUGCGCGUGCUGCCCCAGAUGGUCGCGACCAGGGGAGGCGUAUAUGGCGCCGAGACCGUGGGUGUGCUUAUAGGGGGGGUGUCUGCCGCCCAGCUGGCCAAUCACAUGCUGGACCUCGCACAGACGGUCAGGACGCUGGAGGCACAGAAGCUCAGGGUAAGCAUCCCUUCCUGCUCCACCAAUCACUCCUCCUCCCCCCUUCUGGCCUUCCUCCCAUACCCUCUUUCCCCCCUUUCUUGUUUCCUUUCCUUUCUUCUUGCCCGAUGCAUUGUAAGUUUGGUGCUCACGCCUCAGUAG